ACAGCUUAUAAAAUAAAAUAAAAAAACGAACAAAUUUUUUACGAAUAAAACGAAAUAUAAAGAAAAUAUACGAUUAAAUUUUAAGUUAAAAAAAUGCGUUUUAAACUAUUUUUAGCCAGUUUACUGGCUUGUGGCUUCAUAGCCUAUGUUAUUGCUAAUGAAAAUAUCUCUGCCGAAACUGAAAAUAUUGCAGCAUCUGCUAAAACAAAUAAAGAUAAAAAUACUAUUAAACAACAACAGAAUUUCGAUACAGUAUUGGAUAAAAAUGAAGCAGUCGAAAUGUUUGAGGUUAUACCAGAACCAACUAAACCGAAAAAGAAAACCACGACUUCAACUAACAACAUAAUGCCGGCCAAUAAUAUAAGUUUGCAACGUUCGGGAGCUUUGCAAAUGUUUGAUGAUUAUUUGGGUGAAUUGGGUUAUGAAGUUACCGAUAAUGGUUAUAAUUGGAAUCCCAAUAAUCCUGUCGCACCACCCACCAUGCCCUCCCAUUCGUUGACAAAUGGUUAUGUCAUAACACCACAACGUUUGGCUGAGAUACGCUCUUAUUUCAUGUACUGGUAUUUCGAUAAGGAUUUAUAUGGUGGUCGUGGUGAUUAUCAAUUUGAUAUACAUGCUUCCACAACACAAGUUCACAAGAAUUUAAAUUUCCAAUUGCCCUUCUUUGGUUUCCGUUUUAACUACACCAGGGUUUCUCUUAAUGGUUAUUUGGAAUUUUCGGAUCCUCCCGAAUACUAUACCUAUCCUUUGGUAUUUCCUGUUAAAGAUUGGCCCAAGAAAAAUGAUCCCUCUUUUAUUGGUAUUUUCUUUUCGAAAUGUCGUGUUGGUCGUAUUUAUGCCACCGAUAUUGAUCAACGUACACCAGGUGUUUAUUUCCGUAUGGAACGUGAUCUGAUGACACGCACUGACAGAUUCGGUGUUGAGGUACGUGAACGUACCAUGUGGGAUAUACGUGAUGGUGUGGUUGGUGCUGAAACUUUUGUACCCAAACAUGUUGUUAUCACAACAUGGAAAAAUGUAUCAUUUGCUGGUGGUAUUGAUAAUUCUUUAUUUACGACCAAUACUUUCCAAAUGGUUUUAGCCACUGAUGAAGUCUACACUUAUGCUAUUUUCAAUUAUGAUGUCAUUAACUGGUCUGCCCAUACAGAAGCUGGUGGUGAUACCACCCAUGGUGAGGGCGGUGUUCCUGCAUUCAUUGGUUUUAAUGCUGGCAACGGUACACAAUCGUACGAAUACAAACCCUACAGUCAAAAUAUGGUGUUGCGUGAUUUAACGGGCAGGGGUUGGGCCAACGGUUUUCCAGGACGACAUAUUUUCCGCAUUGACGAAAGAAUUCUAAUUGGCUCGUGUAACAAAGAUAUUGAUGCUUCUCAUUUACCUUUGACCUUUGCACCUGAGUCUGGCAAUAUGUUGGGUGGUACAGUGGUAAACAUUACUGGCCCUUGUUUUGAUCCCAAUGUACGUGUUAUGUGUCAUUUCGAUACAGAGGAUGUUUUGGGCAAAUAUGUGGAUAAGAAUCGUGUAAUUUGUGUACAACCUUUCCUUAAGGCAGAAGGUUAUAUACGUUUCGAAAUAUCUGUGGGCAAUGAACGUUUCAAAUGGCGUGGCAAAUAUUUUGUGGAAACCCCAGAAGCUGCUACUGAGAAAAUAUUCUUUGAAACCGAUGAUGUUCAUAAGAAAUCACCCAAGGAGAUACGCAUCAAUUGGAAUGCUUAUAAUUUAACCUCAAAUUUAAAUGCCAAUAUAAUGAUAUCGUUGUGGGGUUACCGCGAAACUACUAUUCAUCCUCAACUGGAGUAUAUUGAUAUUAUUGAAGCUGGCACUACGAAUAAUGGUCAUUAUAUUAUUUCGCCACAAAAUUAUAUCAACCGCAAUAACAUUAACAAUGAUCUGCAGUUUGGUUUCUUGCAAAUUAAUUUGACCAAUCCACAGGAGUACAAUAAUUUACAAAUCAGUCCUAUUUUAUGGUCGAAACCCAUACCAUUGGGUUGGUAUUUCAAACCGCAAUGGGAGCGUAAAUUUGGUUAUAAAUGGCCCAGAGCAUUGUGCGAUAAUUGGAUACGUACCGAUAGAUAUCUUAGAAAUUUUGCUGCUGACUUACCUUUGUGUCCUUGUACCAUGGAACAGGCUAUUUAUGACAAGGGUCGUUAUAGGCCAGAUCGUGAGUGUGACAAAGAUUCCAAUCCAACUUGUCUGCGUCACAAGGGAGCCAUACAUUGUGUUGUUAGCGGUACACCCACUGCCCAAGGUGCUGAACAACAAUGCUGCUAUGAUCGUUAUGGUUUUCUUAUGUUGACCUAUGAUCAAAUGUGGGGUUCUCGCCCUAGACGUAUACACAACUUGGGUAAAAUGCCUUGGAAUGAAGCUAGUAAAGUGCCUACUUUGUCUACAUGGUUCCAUGAUAUGCGUCCUUUCUACACCUGCUGCAUGUGGCAACACGAACAGGCAGUGGGUUGUGAAACCUAUCGCUUUGAACGUCGUCCCUCUCAGGAUUGUGUGGCCUAUCAGGCUCCUGGUGUAGCUGGUGUUUUUGGUGAUCCUCAUUUCAUAACAUUCGAUGGUACUCAAUAUACUUUCAAUGGUUUGGGUGAAUUUGUUUUAUCACGUAGUGUAGAUGCCGAUCAACGUUUCGAGGUGCAGGGACGUUUUGAGCAAAUGCCCAAUAAUAUGUAUGGUGCUGUGCCGGCCACUCAAUUGACUGCCCUGGCUAUGCGUGGUAAUACUACCACCACAAUUGAGGUACGCAUACGUCCUCAACAUGCUCGCUGGCGUUAUCGGAUGGAUGUAUUGGCCGAUGGUCGUCGUGUUUACUUUGAUCGUGAAAGUUUGAAAUUCCAACAUUUUGAUGGUGUUACCGUCUACACACCCACUUAUUUGCUCAAUCAGUCGCAGGUCAUUGUUAUGUUUGAUUCCGGUAUUGGUGUAGAAGUAAUUGAAAAUGAGGGUUAUAUGACGGGUAGAGUUUAUUUGCCCUGGCAGUUUAUAAAUAAAACGGCUGGCCUGUUUGGUAAUUGGAGUUUUACCCUGGACGAUUUUACUUUACCCAAUGGCCAAGUAUUAAACUUAGAUCCUAAUACCAAAGACUUUAAGAUGAUACAUAAUCAAUGGGCCAUGAAAUGGGCUUUAGCUGAUCGUGAUUUACCUGGUUUGGGUGCUGCUCUCUUUACACGAGAAUUUGGCCGUACUGCUAGUUAUUAUUCGAAUGCCUCAUUUGUUCCGAAUUAUCAACGAGAGCCACAAGAUUUCCUACCCUCGAAUCGUUCGUAUGACAUAGAGAGAGCUGAAGAGCUGUGUGGUGAAAGUUAUCAGUGUCGCUAUGAUUAUGGCAUGACGUUAAAUCGAGUGGCUCAUUUCACCAAGAAUUACUAUGACAGUUUGGUGAACAUAAGAACCUUGAAUUCAGAACGUGUGGUGUCGUGUGGAGUUCUAGAAACGCCACGUUUCGGUCGUAAAUUAUCAUUCAAUUUUAUGCCUGGCGCCAAAGUGUCCUUUGAGUGUAAUGAAGGUUUCGUUUUGAUUGGUGAUCAAAGACGUGAAUGUUUAUCGAAUGGUUUAUGGAAUUUGCCCGAAUAUGGUUAUACCGAAUGUUUACGUGAGGUUUACUAUACCAGACGUGUAGCUUUUAUAGCAAUUGGCAUUAUCUUGGCUGUUAUACUACCGCUUAUGUUGUGCAUUGUUUGUGGUGUGUAUCGCUAUCGCCAGAAGCAGCUGAAGGAAGAUCCUCAAUGGCAGAUGACUAUGCCGCGCUCGAGAGCCUCUUCGCGCACCAAUUUGAGAACUUUGGGUACAGGAUUGGAUGAUGAUAGCGAUACGGAUAAUACUGGAACUUUAAAGAAAACUAAAAAAUGGGAUCUGGAUGACGAGGAUGUGACAUCAUCAGAAGGUAGUGAAAAUAAAGAUACAAAAUUAGCUAAGGAUAUUGAAUACAUUAAUAAAACAGGUGAGAAACCCAAACAAAUGGGAAGACGUUCGCUGCGUGCUGCCUCUGGAACGGAUUUGGAUAAAAUGGGGGCCGGUUCGCCAGUAGAUGAACAUGACGAACAUGGUCAGGAAGCUGAGGAACAUGAAGGCGUGGGCAAUAUACAUCCCGCCGGUUAUCAUCAACCACCCUCACCGGAAGUAGAUGAUCACGAUGUGCAUGGUGUGCCUAUGGCUCAGACCCAGCCUCAACAACAAUAUAGUCCUACAUUUAGUGGUGCCGAUAGUCGCAAUAGUGGUGAAAGUUCUAUGAGUUAUAUGCCCAAUGCUCCCGCUCAAACACGUUAUGGCGGUGUCCCUGUUUUGCCCAAUGCCAACAGUCAAUUCUUUAGCCGACCUCCUUCCUCUAUGCCAGCUGUUGGUACUCCCAUACGUCCGGCCCCUAUUGUAGUUCUCCUUUAAUGCAAGAUAAUGGUUUACCUUCACCACCUCAUGCAGCCUCACCUACACCAUCAAAUCAAAAAUCCACUGAAGUCUAAUUCAAACUAAUUUUAACUGUUCUAACUAAAACAUACAAUCGUCACCAUAUGUACCAUAAACUAACAUAAUAAAACAUCUUCAAACUGCAGCAAAUUUGGGUUCAUGGACUCUCAUAAUGCCAAAUUAUCCAAAAUCAACUAAAUUCACCUUUCAGAGAAAUAACAAGCUAAAAAGUUCAAAUUUUUUAUUAAUCUUUUAAAUGCUUUUUAACCAUUAAUAUCUAAGUCCGUCAAACAUUUUAUUAGAGUUCCUGAGAAAUCGGCUCUAAUUAAAAUUACAUAAACUACUUGUCUAUAAUCAUAGUUGUUGUAACUAAGCCAUUGUUUGAUUCCUAUAUAUGUAUGUAAAUAUGUAUGUAUUUAAACAUUUUGUUUUACCCAUUAAGCCAUGACAUCCAUCAAUUUAGACAAUAGAAUCCAAUAAUCCGCCCAAAUAAACAAACCCACUUAACACACAAACGAACCAUAACAAUUGCAUUAAUGAAGAUAUAUUUGUAAUUUUCUUCUUCCUUUUUACUGGUUUUCAUUCAGAGCAUCUUAUAUAUUUCAUAAAUGUUUUUUUAUUAUUGCUUUAAUAAGUAUUUAUGUAAAUAUAUUGAUUUUAUUUCUCUGUUAUUAAUAAAAUUAACAAUUUAA